AUGAUAAUCUGUGCGGGGAUGUUAGCGAGCAUUGAGUUUGAAUCCAGAAAUUUGAACUCCGUCAUUCGUGCUCGAAGGACGGAGCUCAAAUUUUUUUAUUUAAGCGAGACAUGGACGGAGUUCAAAUUUCGUGCAUACAUCGACGUCUCGUUUGAAAACAGGAAAUUUUCUGAAACCAAAGGCCGCGGCGUGAACCACGAGGACCGUUCAAGAUCGAAGAAGGUCUCGAAUGUGGUCUUGACGCAUUCGAUCCUCCGGCUCUUCUUUUCAUUUCGGCAUCGACCUGCACAAUUGCAGGUGUUUCUUUCUUGCGAUUCAAGGUUUCGGAUUCAGACUCGUCUGUGCAUAUGCGAGUACGGAGGGAGAGAUCGGGAGGAUGUGGAGCAGACGAAUGGAGGAAAGCUCACGCUAGAUAAGAGUUCGUGGAAGCGAUCUGACCCUGAAUUCGGGCCACAGGCGCAGGACUUCCAUUUUGGAAGCGGUGAAAUCGCUCGAGAGUGAGUGAGCACGAUUCUCCGUCUCGUGCUUUGGCCGGAUAGGCGCUGUCCGAUGGGAACGGCUUGGCAUUUGGGAGAAUCUAUGGGGCUUAUUGCGUUCAUCGGGUUCUCGCGCAAGAUGCGCUCGAUGGUUCUCCAAUGACGGCAGCGGCGCUCGAAUUUUCAGUCGCAGCCGCGGGAAGCAAGUGCAAUAUAAAAUACCACAGCUUUCGGCAACAUUUCGUAGAACAAAAUUUGUGGAACAGGGCAUUUACCUUGGCGAUCGUCACCAUCACGCAGGUGGUGGAUCUCAUUGUGAGCCUCUGCCUGCUGUGAUCGGCGUUGAGGACUCGGCGACACUGGGCUGCUUCGAGUUAUCCGGAUGAAGAAGUACGGUCUACGCUUUCAGUCGAUUUGGACAUGGUUUGACCAAGAGAGAUCUUCAUUGACGCUGCCCUCCCCUUCAACCUGAUCUCUUCCGAAGCGUAGUUACUCUCGGCGGGGAAAUUCAUUCUAAUGAGACCGUCUCGGCUGCCAAUCUUUUGAUGUGGCUACUCGAACGUGGAGGUGGCAGAAAAAAUUACAAGCAUGAGGAAGAUUUGAAACAAUUGGAAAUUCGCGAAAUUUAGUUUUCACUAUAACCCAAGUGACCAAUAACGUGAGUGUUAAUUAGCUUCAGGUGAGGGGUAACUAGCCGCCCCAUCAUUUAGUACAAUCUCGCGAAAUCGGUUCCUAGAGCUCGUCUAAUGAAUUGCCCUUCACACUGUACGAUCUUGAAUCACACCCCCUCACGAUUUCACUGCCCUGGCGCAAGAUAGCCAUUUUGGUAUGUGUUGUUCACGGAGUGUUUCCAGAAACGUGCUACUCGUAGCUCUCGUUCUCGGCUGGACAGAAAUCAAGACACUCCGUGAAUAGAUAGAUGUUCCGCUAACUGUCCACUACAGGCCGACAUGGAGUAAGAUGAAGACAGCCGAUCAAACAUAGGAUGAACGGAUUGCAUCUGCAGGAAGCAUCCUCCACCGACCCAUUUUUGUGAGAAGCCAGAUGAACUUCCAAGAAUUAGCAUGACUUCAUGACGGAAAGAAGAGCCGACUCACAUAAAAAUAACUGCUUCCACUGAAUUUUAUAUAUAUCCUAGGUCAACUCCUACUGUAUACUGGAGACGAGGACUGCUUCACUGCCCAAGCUAUUCAGAGCCUUUGUACCUCCUUUUCUGCAAAUGGAAUGCUUUUGACAACUUGAACAACCCCUUCGGCCUCCCUUUCCUUUCUAUGUUUGUUUUGUUCCCUGUCGGGCUCGAUGGGCCCUUCCCCUCGUUUUUGUUAUCCAUUUGGAGCCCCUUUCCCUUCGAUCGCCAUGACGUAUUGCCGUGGACUUGACUGAGCUGUACAGACACAAACUCUUUUUCUUCUAUUUUCCAUUCCUCGUGCGGAGAUGCGGCGUGAUCCAAGUUGAGUCCUGAGGUCUGGAUAGCAUGUUCCGCACUCGCACUCGGUGGAAGGUGCUCCGCAUGAAAGACAGGUGCUCAACUCCUCAGUUCCGCGCAUAAGAAUGAUGAUGUGAUUUUCCCUUCAUCUCCUCCCCUGACGCUUGGAGAAACCGAGUACCCGGUACUGAGAGAUGACACUGAUAGCCUGACCCUGGGUCAUAUGAACAACUCCUGUGCUCUCGUCGUUUCUUCUUCUUUAAAAUCAGCAGCAGCUGACGUGGAAAGGAAAAUAGUCGAGGCACGCAGAUUAGAGAUUCGAACUUUACAUUGAGAGCGCUUUUAGUUUGCAAC